UAUUUGCUGUAAUGAACAGAAAGGGCCGCUGUUGACCAGAGUGUGGCAGCCUUAGAUCGGACUUGGAAAUGUACCUCCCCUUUAGAUUGUGAUAGUAGACAAUAAAACAGACACUUUCCGCCUUCUCUCGCUUAAAUGGAAAACUGUACAUGGAAACCAAAAGCUGCUAUCUUUUGCUGAACAUGUCUUUGGGAUACCUUCGGAAUUUCUAACAAUAUUCAUUUGGAUUACAGUUUUAUUUAAAGAACAAAGGAAUUCGACGGCAAAACAAUGAGACGGCAAGUACUGUUGUUCUUCUCGGUUCUCUCCGUCACGUCGGUUCUCGGCCAGGUCAGCUACUCCAUUCCGGAGGAAAUGGAGAAAGGUUCAUUCGUCUGUAAUGUAGCUCAGGAUUUAGGUUUAGAUUUGAAAAGGCUCAAAACGGGCAGAGCUCGCAUUCAUUCUGGAGACAGUGCAGAAUAUAUCGAGCUGAACAGAGACAGGGGUGUCCUCCUUAUCAAGGAGAGAAUAGACAGAGAGACGCUGUGUGGAGAAACGACGCCCUGUGCUCUGCAUAUACAGAUGAUUCUGGAAAAUCCCAUGGAAUUGUUUCGAAUAACAAUCGAAAUCACAGACAUUAAUGACAAUGCUCCCAGCUUUGCAUCCAGCGAGAAACGUUUUGAAAUCAGCGAGUCAGUCGUUAUUGGCUCUAAAUUUGUGCUGGAGAAAGCCAUCGAUGCUGAUAUCGGCACGAAUGGUCUCCAAAGCUAUUCGCUCAAACCAACAAACAACUUCGUACUGAAACUAGAAAAUCAGGCAGAUGGAAGUAAAAAGGUAGAAAUGGUUCUACAGAAGCCUCUCGAUCGAGAGCAAGAGGAGCAGAUUACAUUGUUACUAACUGCUCUGGAUGGCGGACAGCCGCGUAUGUCAGGCACAAUGCAGAUAAACGUUCACGUGUUAGAUGCAAACGACAAUGCACCAGUUUUUACUAAACCAGUAUACAAGGCAACGAUAAUGGAAAACUCCCCGCGGGGCACGAGUGUUGUAACUGUUAGUGCUUUUGACAAAGACGGAGGCUCUAACGGAGAAAUAUCAUACGCCAUUUCAAACAACAAGCGUCGUUUAUCCGACCUGUUUCAGAUUGAUAGAAAAACUGGACAGGUUAUCUUGAUCGGUGAAAUAGACUAUGAAAAAGCAAUGGUUUUCCAAAUAGAUAUCGAGGCUACAGACAACGGGGGGCUCUCUGAUUCAAGUAAGAUUCUAAUUGAUGUCACUGAUGUUAAUGACAACAGUCCUCAGUUGAAAAUACUUUCUAAAUCAGAUAUUAUUUUAGAAGACUCUCCUGAGAGUACCGUGAUUGCUAUGCUGAGCGUAAACGACCCUGACUCUGAAAGAAAUGGAGAGGUGAAGUGCAAUAUUAACGAGGACAUUCCUUUUAAAAUACAAAACACAAUGAAUGGAUUUUAUAGUAUAGUAACAGAGGCAGCGUUAGAUAGAGAAGUGGCUCCGCAAUAUAAUAUCAGUGUGACCUGCUCUGAUGAGGGAGUGCCCUCCCUCUCCAGCAGCGUCACUCUCACCUUACAGAUCUCUGAUGUAAAUGACAACGAGCCUGUCUUUGAGAGGAGCUCAUAUGAGGCCUACAUUGUAGAAAACAACACACCAGGUGUGUCUGUAUUCACAGUGAGAGCCACAGACGCUGACUGGAACCAGAAUGCUCGUGUUUCUUACAUUCUGGAGGACUCCUCAGUGAACGGAGUGCCAGUCUCUUCAUAUGUGUCCAUCAGUGCUGAUAGUGGAGUCAUCCAUGCAGUGCGCUCUUUUGACUACGAGCAGAUCAAAGACUUCCAGUUCCGUGUGAAAGCUCAGGAUGGAGGCUCUCCUCCACUCAGCAGCAAUGUGACAGUGAAAAUGAUGAUCCAGGACCAGAACGACAACCCUCCUCAGGUCCUGUAUCCAGUCCAGACUGGUGGCUCUGUGGUGGCUGAAAUGGUGCCUCGUUCAGCAGAUGUGGGCUAUCUGGUGACCAAAGUGGUGGCUGUUGAUGUGGACUCUGGACAGAAUGCGUGGUUGUCCUAUAAACUGCAGAAAGCCACAGACAGGGCUCUGUUUGAAGUGGGCUCCCAGAAUGGAGAGAUCCGAACCAUCCGCCAAGUGAGUGAUAAAGAUGCAGUGAAACAGAGACUGAGUGUUAUAGUGGAGGACAACGGGCAGCCCUCUCGUUCAGCUACAGUCAUUGUGAACGUGGCGGUGGCGGACAGCUUCCCUGAAGUUCUGUCGGAGUUCAGUGACUUUCCACACGACAGGGAGUACAAUGACAACCUGACUUUUUACUUGGUGUUGGCUCUGGCUGUGGUCUCCUUCCUGUUCAUCACGUGUUUGGUGGUUAUUAUCUCAGUGAAAAUCUACAGAUGGAGACAGUCUCGCAUCCUGUAUCAUUCCAACCUGCCUGUGAUUCCAUAUUAUCCUCCACGUUACUCAGACACUUUGGGGACAACAGGGACUCUCCAACACGUGUACAAUUACGAGGUGUGCAGGACGACAGACUCCAGAAAGAGUGACUGUAAGUUCGGCAGAGCUGGUAGUCAGAACGUGUUGAUCAUGGAUCCCAGUUGUUCAGGGACGAUGCAGCGGAUGCAGAGUGAGAAGAGCAUCCUGGAUGAACCAGACUCUCCUCUAGAGGUUAGUCAAAUAGGGUUGAUUUUUUUUGUUAACUGCACGCCGUAAUAGGUUGAUAAUAUC